CAUGACCGCCAUCACGGUUGCCUUGAUAUACUCCAACGUCUUGGACGUCAGUCACGUGGGCGUCACGUCACAGUUCUCCGACUGCAUCCACACAUGCUACCAAGACCUCCGGUGCUCUUCCUUUUUCUACGGCAACGACAAAUGCUACACCAGCAAAACGUUCUCCAACGCAACUCCGUUCACAGUCACGGCUGACGUCAACUACUACGGUUGGGGUGUGGGAGAUUUGUGUCCGGAGCCGUUUUUAUAUCACAAACCCACUGGUCAGUGCUUAUACGGGGAAUGGGUGAAUAAGCGGAACUUCACCUCGGCGGUCAGUUUCUGUAACAGUAUUGGAGGCCGGCUGGCUGUCACGGACGAAUCAUACAAAGACAAGUAUUUGGCUGCUAUGGGCGAAACACGAGCGGCAACGUUGUGGAUCGGGGCAAAGAAAGACAGUGGGACCGUGAAGUGGGUGACGGGGGCAACGGUAGGACCGUUCACUAACUGGGACGCGGAUCCUGCCACAACUACGGGGAGACUGUAUAAUCAUGUCGCGGAUCUCUCACAACUGGAGGACGUACGACUGUAGCUCAGAGUUCAGAUUCAUGUGUGAAAAGAUCAUCCCGUCUACUGAUAAACCCUGCGGAUUACUGACAGCGUUUUAGCCCAGACUGGACAUCGUUGUUGACAUGGACACAUACGCCAUGUUCAAGUGUACAAAGUUUUUAAAUUUUAAAGUUAAAGAAAAAGUGUUAUAGAAUGAAUUGGGCAUGUGCAUAAGGAUUUAUUUUGUUAUGUGUUUUGUUUAACGCCGCACUCAGCAAUAUUCCAUCUAGAUGGCUGCGGUCUGUAAAUAAUCGAGUCUGGACCAGACAAUCCAGUGAUUGACAUCAUGAGCAUCUGUCUACACAGUUGUAAGUAGGAGUGACAAAGCAUAUGUAUAUUUAUUGCUCUUGGAAUCGAUAACGUAUAUAAUUAUGGAUAGCGACUGCAAGUCACCCUAUUUCGAGGUUCAAGGGGACUUAUAUUACUUGAAGAAAGUCUUUGAUCCAAGUUAGAUGAAUUGCUUGAUCGUGUUAAAAUACAAAACGUCAAAAUUUCCAUUAAGCCGCGGAAUUGUUCUUUUCAGCCCAUACGGCCUCAGCAUGCACGUGCAUGAAGAAUAUUUUUUUAAUUUAUAUAUACACAUUGGUUCACUCCCAUAACGCCGAACUCCUAAUAUGCAGAAUGAAAAUUCAGUCUGGGCUAGAAGUUUAUGCUGAUUAGCACAACUAACUAGAAAAUGAACUUGGCCACUCACUGAACUAAAUGCCUAGUCUGCCCUUCUCCGUUGUCUUAGGUUUUCUUUAAACAACUUUAAAAGAGUCAAAAGAUCGAUAGUGGGGUGGUUAAGGCGAGGAUUUUGUCAAAAUUGUGCACUUUGGGUUAAAAGCACCAAACUUGGCACACUGAUACAUCGAACAAUUCUAAACAUUUCUGGAUAUGGAUCCACCUCAGCAGUGCCCCCUGGUGGCAGAAAAUCCAAGAUGGCCGCCAGGUCGACUGAAAUCUAUAAGUAUGUCAGUCUAUGCUCAAUAUAUCAUAAUUAUCUUAUCAUAUUCAGUAUUUUAUUAAGGAAUGUUCGUCAUAGUGCUGUAUGUAAUUUACAUCUAGUAUGUAGCGCCCCUGGUGUUGGCAAAAUUCCAAGAUGGCCGCCAAAUUUAGAUUUCUGAAGAAUGUUUCAAAUGUUUGUACACAAUGUCAGUAUUAUUUGUUCAGAUCAAUUCAAUUUAGGAUUUUAAAAAAUCCUUGUUUUGCAAUAACAAAUGAGUUUUACGUGAUGAUGGGACCAGAACAAGCCCUGAAACGUUGUACUCAAGAAUAAAAAUAUGAUGUAACCCAGAAAAUUCUUUAUGUUCAUCAAUAACAAAUUAGAUUUAAAAAACUUUAAUGAUUUUAUCUCGGUAUUUGGGAAAUAUGUUAUUAUUAUUAUUAUUAUUAUUAUUAGGAUA